UCCGGAAUUUACAAUUUCUGUCAUGGUAAAUGUGUUAGGCAGAAUGCUUUUCCCUUGGUCUUAGUUUACUCAUCGUUUAUUUCCCGGUAUUUCAGAGUAUAUGAACACUUAAAACACAACAAGAGCUCAUUCCAGAACUGCAGAGAUGAAGUUUGGAAAACAUUUUAAGCGACAAAAAGUGCCAGAGUGGGUCGAAGCCUAUAUGGAUUACAAUGGUCUGAAAAGGAUUUUAAGAGGGAUAGUGUUCUUUAAGCAGAGCAAGCAACCAGCGACGCCUUUGAGAACCUUUCAGCGAAGAUCCUCAUUGUACAGAUCCUUCAGUGGACUAACCGUACCAUCUGGCAUUCCACCUAGCGAGAGAGAUAUUGAGGACCAAGUGAUCGCUGUUAAUUCAUCGCAAGGGGAAGGUUCUAUGCAAUGUUACAAGACUGACUUUCUCGAGCAAUCUAAGGAAGGAGGGGAUAUUGAGGCCAUGUUCUUCAGGAAGCUUGAUGAAGAACUUAACAAGGUAAAUACCUUCUAUAAAGAUAAGGUAGAGGAACUGAUGAAUGAAGCUUCUUCAUUAGAUAGACAGAUGGAUGCACUGGUCGCCUUGAGAAUUAAGGUGGAAAACCCUGAUGCUAAUGGCUCCAGUUUGAAGACAUAUUCAACUAACACUGCCGCCACAGAGCUGUCACCAAGUGAUGAUCUAAAUGGAGACGGUAGUUCAGGCAUGUGCAGACAAGAGGUGAAUGGAUGCAGACACGACCCCCUUGAAGUACUUGAGCACGUGAAGAUUCACAAUCCACUUGAAUCUCCUAUUUCCACAUUGAAAGGAGUUUUCAGAUAUUCCGAAGAUGUUGAACUGAGAUUCAAAAAAGAGGAGCUGAGGAAAGUGGAAGAAAGACUGAGGCUUGUUUUUAUCGAAUUCUAUCAGAAACUCCGCCUUUUAAAGCUUUUUAGCUUUAUGAACCUCUCAGCCUUUUCAAAGAUCUUGAAGAAAUAUGAAAAGAUCACAUCACGAAGAGCAGCCAGGUCAUACAUGGAAAUAGUGGACAACUCUUACCUAGGCAGCUCUGAUGAGGUCUCUAGUCUCUUGGAGAGGGUGGAAGUAACUUUUGUCGAGCAUUUUUCCGAUUCAAAUCGCAGAGAAGGAAUGAAGUCAUUGAGACCAAAGCUUAAAAAAGAGAGGCAUAAAGUAACAUUUUUCUCAGGUUUCUUUUCUGGUUGCUCAGCUGCUCUUGUGGUUGCUGUUGUUCUGAGAAUAGAAACCAAAAAGCUGAUGGAUAGGGAGGAAGGUGCAAGAUACCUAGAAAACAUUUUCCCUAUAUACAGUUUCUUUGGAUUUAUCAUUCUGCAUAUGCUAACAUAUGCGGCAAAUGUAUUCUUCUGGAGACGAUAUCGGAUUAACUACCCAUUUAUAUUCGGGUUUAAGCAAGGAACAGAACUGGGAUAUCGUGAAGUUUUCCUUGUAAGCACUGGGCUUGCAGUACUUGCACUUGGCAGUUUCCUGGUAAAUUUGUACCUGGAUUUGGGCUCAAAAACUCGAAAUUUCAGGACAUUCACUGAACUGGUUCCUUUAAGCUUAGUCUCGGCCGUUCUUAUAAUAAUUUUCUGCCCUUUUAACAUCAUAUACAGUUCAAGUCGCUUUUUCUUCAUCAGAUGUAUUUUUCACUGUAUUUGUGCUCCUCUCUACAAGGUAACUCUUCCAGAUUUCUUCUUGGCAGACCACCUUACCAGCCAGGUGCAGGCUCUAAAGAGUCUUGAGCUGUACAUUUGCUACUAUAGGUUGGCAGAGUAUUCUCAGAGACGAAAUAGGUGCCACAGCCAUGGUGUCUAUAAUGUUUUCUAUUUCAUCGUUGCCAGCAUUCCAUAUUGGAUGCGCUUCCUGCAGUGCCUCCGUCGAUUGUGUGAAGAAGGAGAUGCAGUGCAUGGAUUCAACGGGUUAAAAUACUUACCGACAAUUGUGGCAGUUCUAGUAAGAACUGCUUGUGAACUCAAGAAGGGACAUGCAUGGUUGGUUCUUGCUUUCAUCAGCUCAGCUAUUGCGACAAUAAUGAACACAUAUUGGGAUAUUGUAGUAGACUGGGGGCUUCUUCGAAGGCAUUCGAGGAACUUUUACUUGAGGGAUAAACUUCUCAUUUCACAUAAAAGUGUUUAUUUUGCAGCCAUGGUUCUAAACGUAGUCUUGAGACUGGCCUGGAUGCAACUCGUGCUGGAGUUCAAUUUGUGUUCUUUGCAUAAGAUGGCGGUUACAACCAUUGUCUCUUGUCUGGAAAUCCUUCGCCGUGGAAUCUGGAGCUUCUUCAGGUUGGAAAAUGAGCAUUUAAACAAUGUGGGAAAGUACCGGGCAUUCAAGUCUGUCCCGCGUCCCUUCAGUUUCUAUGAUGAGGGUAAUGACGAUAGCAACUCUGACAAAGAUGACUAAGGUGACUCGGAGUUCAAAUCAGUGCAGUCAAUAUGGUGCUCCACACGGGCAAUCAGCGACCAAAGUUCCCAUCAAAACAUGCGGCUAUUCGGCCUGUGUCAAAUUCUACCUUCUAUGGGGGCUCAGGCUGUUCAAGCCGCCUGCUUGUCUUUAUCAAGUAGCAAGCAGAAAUGUGACAUACUUUCUGCCUUUUAAUCCACAUGAAACUUGUCAGUGAAA